AUGCACGAUGUUUUGGAAUUGGAAUCGUAUGAUUCAAAAAUUCUUGUUUUUUAUGUGAAUGGAAAACGUGUUGAGGAAAAAGAUGUGGAUCCAAAAAUGACACUUGCGACUUAUUUGAGAGACAAAUGUAAGUUUUUUAACAUCGAAUCUUUUUGAAAAAAAAAGUUUUUGUAAGUUAUUCCGGAAAGGUUCCAACUUAUGCAGAAAAUUUUACAAAUAAUUUUUCAAAAAAAAACACAAGUUACAAACCCAUUCGGAAAUUUUCCCACAAAGGCCUGAGUUUUCAAAAAAACCACGUGACCUUUGAAACCACAUUUUAUUAUCAAAAAAUAACAAUCAGGUUUUUAUAAAAAAAAUAAUUUUUGAGAAUCACGUCAUACUUGUUAUUGACAUAAUUAUUUCUUGAUUUUUCUUUUUAAUAAUUGGUCGAAAAUCAUAUAGUGUGAGUCUAAAUUCGAAAAACCCCGAACUCAAUCGAUCUGCUUGCAAAAAACUUCAUAAUUUUAGUAAAACUAACUGGCACAAAAAUCGGCUGCAAUGAGGGUGGCUGUGGUGCGUGCACAGUUAUGAUUUCACAAAUCGCUGUCGAAACUGGCAAAAUUCAACAUUUCUCUGCCAACGCGUGUCUUAUGCCAAUUUGCGGAGUUUAUGGAAAAGCUGUGACUACUGUGGAAGGAAUUGGAAGUGUUGCAAAAGGACGACUUCAUCCAAUUCAAGAGAGAUUAGCUAAGUUCGUGAAUGUUUUUGAACUAUGAACAUGGUUUGGUUUGGAGAAACAUUGAUUCUUAGAUUUUUUAUCUCAAUCAGAAACAUUAUCACUUCUUCGGGCUGGCAAAAAAAUUGCCGCUCACGAAGAAAACAAUUUUGCUGAUAAAAAGCUUAAAAAUUUUGCAGCGAUCAGCGAAAAAAUAUUUUCUGAUAAAACUAGAAAAGAUGGAAAGAAUAGAGUUUGUUUAUUAACUGAAUUAAUUCUAAGAGUCUCAAAAUUCCGUGGAAUUCAGUUUGUGAAUUGCGUGUUGCAAUUAAGCUUAAAACGGGCUCAAACAACAAAAAAUUCAAAAAUUUUCCGACAAAAAAAAUAAGAAAAAAAAUUUCUGCAUUUGUUCGUCACCGUGUUUGCACAUAAAUACAGUAGCCGCCGAGCAAAAAUAUUUUUCUCAUGAAAAAAUGUUCGCACAGAUUUUUCGAAAAAUUAUACUCAAAAACUUCAGUUUUUCAGCGCUCACGGUUCACAAUGUGGAUUUUGUACACCUGGAUUCGUAAUGGCAAUGUAUUCCUUGCUCCGGAAUACCCCAAAUCCAACAAUCAAACAAAUCAACGAAUCACUCCAAGGAAAUCUUUGCAGAUGUACUGGAUAUCGACCUAUUUUAGAAGCAUUUUAUAGUUUUGCAAUUGAUCAAGAAUCAGGAAUGGUAAAUGCAACACCGGAAAUUAAUGGAAAUGCAGAAGAAGGAGCUUGUGGAAUGGGUGAAAAUUGUUGUAAAAAUGAGGGAAAUAGAAAACAGAAAUUGAAAUUAUCGGAUCUUUCGAGUUGUGCGGAUUAUACAAAAGAACUUCAAGCACAAGAAUUGAUAUUUCCGGCUGAGUUGAAAUUGCAUAAUUUUGAAAAACAAUCAUUCGCUUAUGAACAUUGUCAUACAAAAUGGUAUCAACCAACAAAAUAUGAAGAUUUGCUAACUCUCAAAAGAGUUUUGCCACAUGCAAGACUUAUUUCUGGAAAUUCGGAACUUGCUAUCGAAUUGAAAUUCAGAUUUAUCGAUCUUCCAGCAGUUAUAAAUCCUCGUCAAAUUGCGGAACUUCACGAAAAACGAAUUUUAGAAAAUGUUGGAGUUUACAUGGGAACUGGAAUGAGUUUAAGUGAUAUCGAUCGAUAUAUGUUAGAAGUUAUUGAAAAUCAAGGAAAAGAAAAAUGUGGAAUAUUUGAAAAAGUGCACGAAAUGUUACAUUGGUUUGCUGGAAUUCAUGUUAGAAAUGUUGCAAGUAUUGCAGGAAAUAUUGCAACAGCUUCACCGAUUUCGGAUUUGAAUCCAAUUUGGAUGGCUGCCAAUGCUAAGGUUAGUUCUGGCAGAAAUAACACACCAAGGUCGUGGAUUCCAAAAAGCCUAGAAAGUUGUAACCAAAAUUCCAAAAUAAAUAGCCGGAAAUUGUACGUUUCAAAAAUAUCUAAUGGUUAAGUGCUGUAUGAUUACAAAAACUUCGAAAAUUCCCAAACUUAAAAUUUAUUUGCAGAUUGUCCUUGAUUCUGAUGCUCGUGGUGAACAAAUUCUUCCAAUCGAUCAAAACUUCUUCCUCGGCUACCGUAAAACAGUCAUCGAAGCCGAUCAAAUUCUCAAAGCAAUAAUUGUUCCAUUCACAAAACCCAAUUCAUAUUUCGAAGCAUAUAAACAAGCACAAAGAAGAGAAGAUGAUAUUGCAAUUGUGACUGGAGCAUUUUAUUUGGAGUUAGACAAGGAAAAUAUUGUGGAUGUUUGUCGAAUUUCAUAUGGUGGAAUGGCACCAGUCACCAAAUUGGCAUUAAAAACUAUGGAACAAUUGAAAGGAAAGAAAUGGGAUAAACGUAUUCUUGAAGUCGCUUUAAAUUCGCUGAAUGAUGAGAUGAAACUUCCAUCAAAUGUUCCCGGUGGAAUGGCUCAAUAUAGACUAACUCUUGCCAAAUCAUUCUUCUAUAAAUUCUUCCUAAAAGUAUCAAAUGAUCUUGGAAUUGUUGGAAUCGAUUCUCAUCAAACUCGAAUUGGAUUAGAUAUUCCAGAAGGACUUAUUGCUACACAAGUUUAUCAGGAAGUGAAAGAAGGGCAAAAAAUAGAAGAUCCUGUUGGAAGACCAAUUAAACAUGUUAGUGGAGAUAGACAUACAACUGGUGAAGCACUUUAUUUAGAUGAUAUUCAAGUACCAGGUAGUAUUACUAUUGAAAAAGAAAUUUAGAUAUAUAAUUAAAAAUAUUUCAGAUUGCCUUCAUCUUGCUUAUGUUAUGUCUCCCAUUUCUUGUGGUACUUUAAAUAGUAUUGAUUAUUCAAAAGCUCUUGAAAUUGAUGGUGUAAUUGGAUAUAUUGAUGCAAAUGACGUGGCAAAAGGUGUUAAACUUGGACAUCAUAGUGAUACUCCGAUUUUUGUUGCUGACAAAAUAACAUAUCAUGGACAACCAAUUGCUGCAAUUUAUGCAACAGAUCAUGAAAUUGCGAGAAAAGCUGCUAGUUUGGUGAAAUUGGAUAUAUCAAGAGAAACACCGAUUGUGACAAUUGAAGAUGCUUUGAAGGCUGACACUUUUGUUGCACCGCAUUUUAAAAUACAUUCGAGUUUGUUGGAAAAUGAAAAUGGAAAUGGGGAGAGGAAAAUUGUGGAUUGGAAGAUAUAUAAUAGAAUUACGGAAGGAUCGAUUGAAAUGGGAGGACAGGAACAUUUCUAUUUGGAAACACAACAAUGUUUGGUUUAUCCGAAUGAAAAUGAUGAAUUAGAAGUUAUUAUUUCAAAUCAGGGAAUUAAUGAUGUCCAUGUGAGUUUUUUGUUUGGGAAUGGGAAUAAAAAUUUUAUAUGCAAAAUGUUAAAGAUUCCAAGACCCAUACAUAAAAUGGGUCCCCAGAAUCGGGGUGAGGGGCUUAACUUUUUUCAAAAAUCUGAAAGGAAGGGUCCCUAACUUGGCCAAUUUUCUGCUGAUAAUUACCAAAAUUCCCAGAUUUGUCCAAAAUUCGCUCAAAAAUGUGAGGAAGGUGUUUAACUUUGGAAAAUUUUCAAGAAGGGACCCUAACUUUGAAAACUGACUCGGGGUGCCUAUUUUAUGUAUGCCAAGACCACCUAAAUUUUUAAUUCCAGAUUGAACUCGCAAAAUGUCUGUCAAUUCCACAACACAAAAUCGUAGUAAAAGUCAAAAGAAUUGGUGGUGGAUUUGGUGGAAAAGAAAGUACUGGUGCAAUUCUCGCUGUUCCAGCUGCAAUUGUUGCACGAAAAACUGGAAAACCGGCAAAAAUCAAAUUGGAGCGAUUUGAUGAUAUGGCAAUAACUGGAACAAGACAUCCAUUUAGAUUAGAUUAUAAAGUUGCGAUUGAUGAAAAUGGAAAAUUUUUGGAUAUGGAAUUUACGUGUAAUGCAAAUUGUGGUCAUACGGUGGAUUUAUCGAUGGGAGUUAUGCGUGAGUGAUUUUGGGAACUAAAACAUUAAAGCAACACCCUCGUAUAAUAGGCACUUUCUUGAAAAAAUCCUCUAUUUGUUAAUUAUUAACCGAAAAUUCGAAAAUUAUUUAGUAAAAAUCAUUUUAUGAAAUCCUUUCCAUAUUUUUCAGAACGUGCAAUGGUUCAUGCUGAUAACGUCUAUAAAUUUGGAAAUGCAGAUAUUUAUGGUAGAAUGUGCCGCACAAAUCUUUCCUCAAACACGGCAUUCCGUGGAUUUGGAGGACCUCAAGGAAUGUUUGGAACUGAAACAAUGGUCAAACAUAUUGCUGAACAAUUCGAUUUAGAUAUCGAUCAUUUGAGAGAAAUCAAUUUUUAUGAUGAAGGAGAAUGCACACCAUUUGGAAUGCAUUUGAGACAAUGUAAUGUUCGAAGAACUUGGGAAGAAUGUCGAGUUAAUUCGGAAUAUGAUAAAAGGAAAAAAGAUGUGGAAAAAUAUAAUAAAGAAAAUAAAUAUAGGAAAAGAGGAAUUUAUUUGACACCCACGAAAUUUGGAAUUGGUUUUGGAUUGAAACAAUUGAAUCAAGCUGGUGCAUUAGUUAUGAUUUAUACAGAUGGAAGUGUUUUAGUAUCACAUGCUGGAAUGGAAAUGGGACAAGGAUUACAUACCAAAAUGUUGCAGGUAUGGAGAAAAAGAGGAAAAAUUCCAUAAUUUUUUAGAACCAAACUUUUGAAAUUAUUCAAAAGAAAAAUGAAAAUCUCUCAUUUUGAAAAAUUUUCCGAAUUUUUAAAACAUUUUUUCAAUCAAGUCUUACAAUUUGAGUUUUUCACCUUUCUGAUUUAUUUUAUACUUUCUUAACCUUCCAGAUUGUUGACCAGAAAAAUUCCAAAAGUUUUUGAAUUAAAAUUUUUAUACGAUUUUUCGGCAAUCUCUGAAUGGGGCCCCUGAAUGGGGCCAUUUUCUGAGAAAAUGGGGCCACCUGAAUGGGGCCACUUGUGUGGCAAAUUCUCUCAAUGGGGCCAGCAAGAAAAAAGUAAGAAUUUCUCACUUUUUCCUUAAUGGGGCCACCUAAAAAGACAAAACACACAAUUUUGGUAUAUUUCCUCAAUGGGGCCAGGUAUUUUUUGUGCAUUUCCUGAAUGGGGCCCAUCUUUUAAUUUUUAUACAUCUUGUGACGUCAUAGUGAUCGUGAAUUGAAAUUUCAUGAAAGUUUUCAAAUUUUUAAUAACGUUAUUAUGAUGUGGUUUUUAUUCUCAGUAUUGAAAAAAAAUUUCGAAUGGAACUUUUUUUUCAAAUUUUCAGGCUCUGACGAUGAAAAUAUUGAAAUUUUCCUCGAAUAAUUUUUCUGGGUAAACUUUUACAUUUCUUGCCCAAUUAUUUUCUCUAAUCAAAUUGAUGUUUUCUUCUAAAAUAAGUUGUUCGUUUCAUUAAGUUUUGGUUAUUAUCGUAUUCUUAGCUAGUUGACAACAAGUUUUUUGGAUAACUUCCCAAAAAACUCAUCUGGGUCUCCAAAAAAAACGCACUUUUUUGCGCGAUGUCCGUGUCUUGUUUAUGGGCAAGGUGCCAAAAUAUCAAGGUGUGAAAACUUAUAUGACAUGUUCUUCAAUAGAUAUCAAAUUCUAUAUAGAAUUUCUGUGAGAAUUAUCUAAAGAACUACUUCCAGAUUUUCGUUCAAUUUUCAAAACAUGCUUCCGGGAAAAUUUUUCGAAUCGUUUAGUGCGUAGUAUAAGUUUCUCAUGAGUCAUGACCCGAAAAUUUGAGAAAAACAUUUGAUAUUUUUUCUCCAAUUUGUGAAAAUUCUGAAUUUUCUCUGUGAUUUUUGAUACUUUUCGAGUGUUUGAAAAAAACAAGACUUGAAUUCCAGAAAGAAAUAUUUCAUUUAAAUUUACUGUUUCAAAAAUUGUUGAAACUUGGGAAUUUUCAUGUAAGAGAGGCUCCAUGCCUUGAGAACCCAAAAUUUGCAUACGUGGUAAACAUAUGAGUUAUAACUCACAUACGCUAUUAAAAAAUUUGAAAACUUUUAUGAAAUUUCAAUUCACUAUCAAUAUGACGUCACAAGAUGUAAACAAUUAAAAGAUGGGCCCCAUUCAGGAAAUGCACAAAAAAUACCUGGCCCCAUUGAGGAAAUAUACCAAAAUUGUGUGUUUUGUCUUUUUAGGUGGCCCCAUUAAGGAAAAAGUGAGAAAUUCUUUUUUUUUCUUGCUGGCCCCAUUGAGGGAAUUUGCCACACAAGUGGCCCCAUUCAGGUGGCCCCAUUUUCUCAGAAAAUGGCCCCAUUCAGGGGCCCCAUUCAGAGAUUACCGAUUUUUCUAGGUUGCUGCUCGUUGUCUUCAAAUUCCGAUUGAAAAAGUUCAUAUCAACAAUUCUGCGACAGACAAGGUGAAUAUUUUUUGAAAAAUUCAAUUUUUUAGUUUUUUUUCUAGGUUCCAAAUGCUUCUGCCACUGCUGCUUCAGUUGGAAGUGAUAUGAAUGGUUUGGCUGUUCAAAAUGCUUGUGAACAAUUAAAUCAAAGAUUGGAACAGUUCAAAAAAGCAAAUCCAGAAGGAAAAUGGGAAGAUUGGGUUAGACAAGCAUAUGUUGAUCGAGUAUCUUUAUCGGCUACUGGAUUUGGAAUGUAAGUUUGUUUCCAAUUUCAUCAGUUUCCCUAUCUUCAAAAAUCACAAGUUUUUGAUUAUUUUCAAAUAUAAGUGGAUGACUUCCGGUGUUAUUUUUCAUUUUCCAAACUGCGAAAAAACCGGAAAAACGUAGAGUGACGAUUAGAUUUUGACUCGAGACUUUUUUAUGAGAUUAUGUGCGAAAAAGUAUCAUUGAACUCGACCAAAAAAACACAAGUCAAUUCUAGGACUAGAAAAUAUUGGAAUUUGCGAAAGGAAAUUGAUAGUAACAAGAAAAUUCGCUCUUUGGAGUCGGAAAUGAAGAUUUGAGGCGUUUAGAAAAAUAACAACGCAGGUAUCUGAGGUUUUAGAAAACACGUGGCAGGAAUUUUUUCGAAUUUUGAUCCCUAAAAUGUUGGGUUCAAACAUCCACGUGGCAAUAAUUUUAAAUUUCAAGGUUUUCCGCCAAACAUCCACGUGGCACAAAAUAAUUAGAAAUUCCAAAUUUGAAUUCCGCGUGGCGAAACCGGAAGAAAAUUAUUUAAAAAAUACUGAAUCUUUUUCUUCUUCUUCGAAAUAACAAAUUUUAAUUUAAAAAAAUAACACUGCAUUCAAAAUACUUCAUUAAUUAUUCAAAAUUUCAAUAAUUAGAAAAGAUUAGGUUCCCAUCUUCCAGUUUUUCUAUAAUGCAUCCAAGUUCUUUCUUGUUUCAAUUCACUCGCUAUCAUUUGUGCACAUUUUUUGAUUGCUGAAACUCUGGCGACGAAAAGAAAUACGACCAAAAUGUAGAACAAUUGCAUUUUUGUAUGAUUUUUCAGUUUUACCGCGAUCCUUUUAUACAAAAAAUAUGGAAAUAAUGUGGGAAUCUGAGACAUUCCAGACAUUUUUUGGGAAAAAGUUGGAGAAUCUUUGGUCUGACUCAAUCUGUUAGAUUUUUUUCGAUCUCUAUGUGAAGUGUGGUGUCAAAAGUUAGGAAAUUAAAUCUUUGAAAAAUCGGAAAUGAUGAUAUUUCUCCCUAUUCAUGAAAUUUUUCAGAAUCCACCAUGAACCUGUUGAUUUCUUCAAUGGAAAAGGCGCCGAACUUUUUGGUUAUUGUGUUUAUGGAACAGCAUGUUGUGAAGUAGAAAUAGAUUGUCUAACUGGAGAUCAUCAUCUUCUUCGAACUGAUAUUGUAAUGGAUAUUGGAGAAUCAUUAAAUCCAGCAAUUGAUAUUGGACAAAUUGAAGGAGCUUUUAUUCAAGGAUAUGGAUUAUUUACAAUGGAAGAGAUUAAGAUUCGACCAGAUGGAAUUCGGCUAACUCGAGGACCUGGAACAUAUAAAAUACCAUCUGCUGAUGAUGCACCACGGCAUUUUAAUGUAUCACUUUUAUCUGGAAGUUCGAAUAAAAUGGCGAUAUUUUCAUCAAAAGCCGUUGGAGAACCACCGCUAUUUUUGGGAAGUUGUGUAUUUUUCGCAAUUCGAGAAGCUUGUCGAGCAUAUCGAAUUGAAGAAUUGGGAAAACAUGAAUAUUUUGUGAUGAAUUCGCCGGCGACUGCAGAAAGGAUUCGAAUGGCUUGUGAAGAUGGAUUUUUGACGGGAGAAAUGCAGAAAAGUGAUUGGACUAUUACAGUAUGA